AUGUAUCAGGGCGGCUCCUCAUCAGCCAGCGGGCCGCACAACGAGCCAAUGCCGCAAGGAGUCCCUCAGGCUUGCAGAGCGUGCGGGCAUGCAUCGCCCUCGAGCGAGCGGAGCAGAGAACGCAACAUACCCUGCAAGCAAUGUGGGGUCAUGGGAUUGCCGCAUGAACCACAACCUCAACGUCCUGCACCCCCACAGGAGCCCCAGGUGGCGCGAAAUGCAACAGCUCCCCUGCCAGCAUAUAUCCCUCCCACACAGGGCCCCGACCACCGAGGCCCCCCGCCACCAUCCACUAACGCAUCUGCACCUGUAUUUCAGCCCAUUCUUCAGUCAGCUUUUGUGGCGAAACCGGGACUGCCAGCACAGCAGGAUGGACGUGGUCUCCAAAUGUCGCCUGUGUCAUUCAUUGGGGCACCCAAUGCACAACUCGUGCCACCUGAACACUGUUUGCCUUGUUGCUUCCAACGGGAAUCCCAGGCGCUUGGAGAUCAACCUGAUGCCCAUGGGCAACCAGAGGGACUACUGCCACCAGCUGCUACAGCGAGAAAUGCAAUUCAAGGCGCUCAGGAACGGCCACAGCAAAAUUCAGUACCUGCACCUCGUCAGAUGAUGUACUCCCAUGAUCCAUGCAGAUGGCAGCCUCGUUGUUAUUCGGCUGAGAUAUGCCAGCGCUGUUGCUCUGCCAAGGAGUCAGUUCAGCCUGCUGUUUCAAGUGUACCUCAUACCACACCAGCAUCUUACCGACUAUACGACAGUCUAGAUUCUAUGAGCAGAGGAGGAGGAGCAAGACGAAAAGAGUUCCUUGUUGUAGACCCAACAUCAGGUAGAGCAGAAAAAAUUCAGGUGCUACAAUCCGGCUCAUAUAGCCUUACGCCUGCGCAAGGAACGCAAAGAAAUAAUCUGCAGUCACUGGCACCUGCCCAAGCAAUCCAGCCAAUGGGAACAGUUCAGCGAGAGUCCUCCAGUUUGCCUCCACCCACGCAAAUACCCCCCUUUCUGCAACCAUCUGGAACAAGAGGAGUGCAGAUUCCACAACAAUCUGAAGUACCGGGAAUGACUCAGAGAACGGCCAAUGGAGCAGCUGUGCAUGUGCGAUUGCCAGUGCCAUCAGCUUUGAGUCAGCAACAGUCCACCAAUCCAACUGCAUCAGGGAAUACAUCGAGUUCAGUGGCCCAUGUCGAACAUCAACCCCUUGUACAAGAAGCUGUUGUAAGAGACUCCUUGCCAAACACACAACCCCAGCCAGCAAGCAGGUUCCAACCCCCAGUUACUAAAAUAGGUGCUGUAGCAUUAAAAAUCUUGCAGGACAACCCACCACAGCCAGCAAGAGAAUCUUUUGGAUACAUUUAUGACCGCCGACGUCGGCUUAUUAUGCGUACACUUCACCAAAUUCCGAACAUAGGUUUUCGUUCUUUGUAUGACAAUGCUUUGGACUACAUGCAGACCCAAACUCCAAUGGCAUCUGAUGAAGCUGCAUCACAGGAGCCACUGAUAGAUGUACUACCUACGUCUGUGGUAGUCAUUGAGAGCCAAGACACUGGAAAGGGAAAAAAAUCGCAAACCACCACAACUCAGGUAGACGCACUGGCACAACCACAACAAUAA